CUCUUGCCUGUUUGCUGGAAAAGAAAGUCUGGCUUCAUCUUCUGUUCACCCUCCCAUCAAAGAACACUGAUUUCACAAUGGGCUCCAUCACUGCAGCAAAUGCAGAAUUUUCUUUUGAUGUAUUCAAAGAGCUGAAAGUCCACCAUGCCAACGAGAACAUCUUCUAUUCCCCCCUGAGCAUCAUUUCAGCCUUGGCCAUGGUCUAUCUGGGAGCAAGAGGGAACACUCAAUCUCAGAUGGAGAAGGUUCUUCGCUUUGAUAACGUUACAGGAGUUGGACCCACUACUGACUCCCAGUGUGGCACUUCUGAAUACCUCCACAAUUCAUUCAAGGACCUUCUCUCAGACAUCACCAUGCCAAAUGCAACUUACUCACUCAAGAUGGCUGACAGACUCUAUAUUGAAAAAACAUACCCCAUUCUUCCGGAAUACUUAAAGUGUGCAAAGAAAUUCUACAAAGCAGAGCUGGAAGAAGUUAACUUCAAAACAGCUACAGAGGAAGCAAGACAGCUCAUUAAUUCCUGGGUGGAGAAAGAAACAAAUGGACAGAUCCAAGAUUUCCUUGUGUCAGGCUCUGUUGAUCUUGAUACUGAGCUGGUCCUUGUGAAUGCCAUUUACUUCAAAGGGAUAUGGAAGAUGGCGUUUAAAGAAGAACACACUCAGGAAGUGCCCUUCAAUGUGACAGAGCAAGAAAGCAGACCUGUGCAAAUGAUGUGUCAAAACAGCACCUUCAAAGUGGCAGCAGUGGCUGCAGAGAAAAUGAAGAUCCUGGAGCUUCCGUACGCCAGCGGGCAGCUGAGCAUGUUGGUGCUGUUGCCUGAUGACAUCUCUGGCCUGGAGCAGCUUGAGAAGAAAAUCAGCUUUGAAAAACUCAUGGAGUGGACCAGUCCGAACAUGAUGGAAAAGAAAAGAGUGAAAGUGUACCUCCCACGCAUGAAGAUUCAGGAAAAAUAUAACCUCACAUCUGUCUUAAUGGCCUUGGGUAUGACUGACCUCUUCAGCCCUUCGGCCAAUCUGUCUGGCAUCUCCUCAGCAGAGACCCUGAAGAUAUCUGAGGCCAUCCAUGAGGCAUACAUGGAAGUCACCGAAGAGGGCACCGAGGUGGCAGGCUCAGCAGAGGUGAUGGGAGACAUCAAACAGUCCUCUGAGUUUGAAGAGUUUAGGGCUGACCACCCUUUCCUUUUCUUGGUCAAACACAACCCAACCAACAGCAUCCUCUUCUUUGGUAAAUAUUGUUCCCCCUAAGGAGAAAAAGAGUUGGAAAUAACGCUUGCCUUCCCCUCGGGAACAGAACCCCUCUUACUGUAGUAUUGUAGUAUAAUCUCAGCUCUUCGAUAUUUUCUCCAAGAGGAAAGCCUUCAAUAUCUAGGGAGGUAUUCUUGAAGAAGCAUGUAACUUUUCAGAUCUUCAGGUGCAGGUACUUCUGCUCACACAACCUGUGUGCAAGAUUUAUAUUCAGGAUUGAACUUCAAGAGGUAGUUUAGGAAUAUUUCCCAUUGCCAUUGAAUACCUUGAGAGACAGGGCCAGUGUUUUGAUUUUUGUGAGAAAUUCUGCCACUGCUAUUGAGAAUCUGGUUUCUCUAUAGGAGUUCUGUGAAAUAAACACAGCUAUCAAAAUAAUCUGAAUAAUCCUUUCUGUUGAACU